UAUUUUUUUUCUAAUUUAGUAUUGAAGAUGACUUUAUUACAUGGAAAGACCGUUUUUGGCCAGCUGUAUGCGAAUUCUUCGGAAUCGAAUCAACUGGAGAAGAUGUUAACGUCCGUCAAUACAGAUUACAAGAAUUUCCAGUAAAUAUUCCCGAUCGUGUAUUCACUGGUGAAAUGGCAAGAAUACAUUCAUUAAAAAAUCAAAGAUCUCCAUUUGAUGCUAAAAAUCCGUAUUUAGCCGAAGUUGUCGUUAACAGAGAACUCCAUAAAAACACGAGUGAUCGUUCUUGCAUGCACAUUGAAUUUGAUAUUGAAGGUUCAAAAAUGCGAUAUGAUACUGGCGAUCAUAUUGGGGUUUAUCCGGUUAACAACGAAGAAUUAAUUAAUAAACUUGGCAAACUUACCAAUAAAGAUUUGGAUACGAUCUUUUCUUUGAUAAAUACCGAUGAAGAAUCAAGUAAAAAACAUCCAUUCCCGUGUCCUUGUUCAUAUAGAACCGCAUUGACUCAUUACGUUGAUAUAACGAUGAAUCCAAGAACUCACGUCUUAAAAGAAUUAAGUGAAUACUGCUCAGAUCCUGCGGAAAAAGAAAAAUUAAAACUUAUGGCUUCCACUACUCCUGAAGGAAAAGCUCUCUACCACCAAUGGAUUAUUGAUGACAACCGUAAUAUCGUUCAUAUUUUAGAAGAUUUACCUUCGUGUAAACCAGCUUUGGAUCAUCUUUGCGAAUUAUUACCUCGUCUUCAACCAAGAUAUUAUUCAAUUUCUUCUUCGCCAAAACUUCAUCCAAAUACCGUUCAUAUAACAGCGGUUCUUGUUGAAUAUGAAACUCCCACGAAACGUACUAAUAAAGGUGUUGCUACAACAUGGUUAGCCAAGAAAAAACCGAAUAUGGAUGUAAACAUGACUGUACCAGUUUUUAUAAGAAAAUCCCAAUUUAGAUUACCUCCAAAACAACAAAUGCCUAUUAUUAUGGUUGGUCCAGGAACUGGAUUUGCUCCAUUUAGAGGAUUUAUACAAGAACGAAGUUUUAUGAAAAAUGAUGGAAAUACUAUUGGUGAAACCAUUCUUUAUUUCGGUUGUAGAAAACGAGCCGAAGAUUUUAUUUAUGAAGAGGAAUUAAUGGAGUAUGAGAGAGAUGGAGUGAUAAAAUUACAUUGUGCCUUUUCAAGAGAUCAACCUAAAAAAGUUUAUGUACAUCAUUUAAUGGAACAGAAUGCUGAUGAACUUUAUAGGAUUAUUGUUGAGGAAAAUGGACACUUUUAUAUUUGUGGUGAUGCUCGUCAUAUGGCAAACGAUGUCCGUAACGUGGUUAUUAAAGUUUUGAUGCAAAAAGGUAACAUGUCAGAACAAGAAGCUGCAGCAUACCUGAAGAAAAUGGAAACGCAAAAGAGAUUAUCAGCGGACGUUUGGAGUUAAUUUAAAUAAUAAUUACGUUUAGAUUUUUUUUUCUAAAAAUAAUUUAUAUGAAAUGUUACCAAUCUUUUGGUAACCACGCUUUUUUUUUGUUGUCUUGCAUUGUCGGUGUUUGCCAUCAUAAUAAUCAAUACGACAAGGUGAUAAACAUUUUUUAAUUGAUUAAGAGCACCUCCUCUUUCAAUAUUUCUUCUUCAAGCAUAAAAAACAAUACCCACCUUAAUAGUAACAAUCAAUACUUUUUGUUUUUUUUUUGGUAAAACAAGCGUCAUGUGAUUUCAUUCCAUAUUGACAAUAAAAAUUGCUAGAUAAAAUCAGUGAUAUUUUACAAAAUGUUUUGUAUGUAUAAAUGUACCAUUAUAAUUAAAAUGGAAUUGAUGGAAAUUGUUUAUAUUUGCAAUGUUUUUAACUGUUGUGCAAUUUUAUAUUGAAAUGGACUAUAAAUUUAAGUGACCAUGAAAAAUAUGUGUAGUAAAGUUUAAUAAAAUUUAAAUUUUAGAUAUA